AUGACUUCUUUCCGUAGAGUAUUUAUAAUGGUGUCGACUUCAACAUCCUUCAAAAAUGCUGUCGCGCUUAUCACCGGUGCAAACAAAGGUAUUGGUUUUGAAACAGCACGACAGCUUGGUGAGCAGGGUAUAAUUGUUUUGAUUGGAGCUAGAGACCAAAACCGUGGUGAAGAAGCUGUUAAAAAACUGGUAAAUGAAAAUAUAAAGGCUAAGUGGAUUGAACUUGAUGUAACGAAACAACAAACGGUCGAUAGUGCAGCACAUAUAGUUGAAGAAGAGUUUGGCCGAUUAGACAUACUAAUUAAUAAUGCAGCAGUGUAUUUAGAAGGAGAACUACCGAGCGAGACACAAAUAAGUAAAAUGCGUGCAACUUUUGAGACGAACUUCUUUGGAGCAUUCAUCGUGAUAAAAGCGUUUAUACCAUUAUUAAAAAAAUCACAGAACGCUGGCGGUGGCUGUAUUGUUAACGUAUCAAGUCGAUUGGCAUCAUUUGGAAAUAAUGUUGAAAAAACCCGAUUAUCUUAUGCUACAUCGAAAGCAGCACUAAAUAUGAUGACAUAUCAAUUUGCGAAAGAAUUCGAGAAUGAAAAAUCAAAUAUAAAAAUAAAUAGUGUUAAUCCAGGAUUAGCCAAAACCGACAUGAACAACAAUAACGACAAAUAUGACUCUCCGGAAGUAGCUGCUAGGUCAAUUGUUUAUUUUGCAACAUUGCCACCAAACGGACCUUCCGGAUCAUUUUAUGGUCGGGAUAAAACUCAACACGCUUGGUGA